AUGGCGUUCGAGUUUACAGAGGCCAAGCAGUUGUAUGGGAUCGCGGCCGGCGCGGUUGUGCUGGUCGUUGCGGCUGUGGUCCGCUUGUCGAGCAGUUCGCUGAAAGAUAUCCGCGGACCUGCACCGUCUUCGUUCUGGUUGGGCAACCAGGGUGACAUUCUGUACCAGUCCGAAGUCGGCGAUGUCGAUUUCAAGUGGCUGGAAGAGUACGGCGGGAUCGUGAAGACGUACGGACCGCUGGGAACGACGCGUCUCAUGGUCUCCGAUCCGAAGGCCCUGCAAUAUAUCUUGCAGACAUCCGGUUACCGGUAUCCAAAACGCCAUGACGCGCGUGCUGUCCUGCGCAUGAUUGUUGGACAUGGAAUCGGCGGCACAAAUGGUGAACAGCACCAGCGCGUCCGGAAGAUCAUGAGCCCUGCUUUCUCUGGACCACAACUCCAGUCCUUCCUCCCGCUCUUCUUGCGCUACUCCGAAGACCUCGUCCAAAAAUGGAAGGAAGAGGAGAUCACCGCUGAAACUGGUCCGGAGCCGGUGAUCAAUGUUCACAGAUGGCUCUCGCGCGCGACGCUUGAUAUCAUCGGCGAUGCCGGCUUUGGCUUCAAGUUUGACGCCCUGAACAACAAUCACAAUGACCUGCGCACGGUCUAUGCUAACCUAUUCGUCGACUCCACCCUCUACCCAUACCCCUUGGACAUCAUCUUCCGCAUCUUUUGGAAGUACCUCCCAAUGAGCGCCCUCUGGUAUCUCCGAUACCUUCCACGCCGCGAGUACUACCGUUUCCGAACCUACCUGGACGCCAUCCGUGGGUAUGUGCGCACAAAGCUGUCGACAGAGUUGGACGCCAAAGGCGCAGGGAAGGAGGACCUCUUGAGUGCACUGCGUCGUGCCAAUGAGGCUGAGGGAGCCAAAACAAAGAUCACGGACGUCGAACUCUUUGAUCAGGUAUCCAAUAUCAUGUUAGCGGGCCAUGACACGACCGCGUCCACACUGACGUUCUGGCUCUGGGAACUUGCGCAAAACACGGAGUGGCAGACGCGCGUGCGGCAGGAAGUUCGGGCCGCGCGUCGCAAGAUCGCCGAACGUGGCGAGUCACAGUGGGCCAUCGCAGACUAUGAGGGCUUGACCGUUAUGCGCGCUACUCUGAACGAAGCUAUGCGUCUGCACCCUAUCGUGUGGAUUCUCGCGCGUGAGGCUGGCCAGGACGACGUAAUCCCGCUGGCAAAUCCCAUCACGACGAAGUCGGGCCAGAAAGUCUCGUCGGUCACGGUGCGCAAAGGUCAGGGUGUCGAUGUUUGCAUUCACACGUACAACCGUAACACAGACGUAUGGGGUCCUGAUGCCAACGAAUGGAACCCCGACCGGUUUAUUAAGACGGAUAAGGACAGCGCAGUCCCGCUCGGAUUACACGCGAACUUGCUCAACUUCUCUGGCGGCAUUCGUGGCUGCAUCGGCUUCCGUUUCGCGCUCCUCGAGAUGCAAGCCAUUGCUGCGACACUCAUUGAGAAAUUCGAGUUCGCCCUCCCUCCUCAGAAGGACGAGAACCUCAUCAGGCGCCGCCCUACGCUGCUGAUGGUACCCAUGGCGGAUGGCCAUCCUGGAAUCUGGAUGGGAUUGAAGGUGAAGGUCGCGGAACCUUGA